GAAGGGUUGGGGCCCCAGCUGCUCAACCCGAGCGCUGCGUACCCAGCCCGUCCUCCUGUCAGGCUACCUCCUCUCUAGCCGUCUGGCUUUCCGCCCUGCGGCGCCUGGCCCGUCCCCAUGCUGGCACCCCGGACCACGGAGACCGCGGUCUCCUUGCCUCAGACGGAGGUUGACCUGGUCCUGCGGUCUCCACCGCUUCUGGCUACCGCGGGGCCGCCCCGCCUGGGGCCCCCUCCUCGCCGAGCGCGCCGCUUCUCCGGGAAGGCUGAACCUCGGCCGCGCUCUUCACGUCUCAGCCGCCGCAGCUCAGUCGACCUGGGUCUGCUAAGCUCUUGGUCCCAGGCAGCCUCGCCCGUUCCGGAACCCCCCGAUCCUCCGGAUUCCACUGGCGCUGGCCCCACGAGGAGCCUACCGCCUAGCUCCAAAGAAUCUCCGGAGGGCACGUGGACCGGGGGAGACCCAGGGAAGACUGAAGAUUCGGCGCAUCCCGAACUCACGGGAUCCACAGGAGGCCUGGGGCCCGGGGGACCACCUAGGGUCCCCGAUGCCGCGGCCCGGGAGCGGCAGCGGGAGCAGGAAGAAAAGGAGGACACGGAGACGCAGGCUGUGGCAACGUCCCCUGACGGCCGAUACCUCAAAUUUGACAUCGAGAUUGGACGUGGCUCCUUCAAGACCGUGUAUCGAGGGCUAGACACCGACACCACGGUAGAAGUGGCCUGGUGUGAGCUGCAGACUCGGAAACUGUCUCGAGCAGAGCGGCAGCGCUUCUCCGAGGAGGUGGAGAUGCUCAAGGGGCUGCAGCACCCCAACAUCGUCCGCUUCUACGACUCAUGGAAGUCGGUGCUAAGGGGCCAGGUUUGCAUUGUGCUGAUCACCGAACUCAUGACCUCGGGCACGCUCAAGACGUACCUGAGGCGGUUCCGUGAGAUGAAGCCCAGAGUCCUUCAGCGCUGGAGCCGCCAAAUCCUGCGGGGACUUCAUUUCCUACACUCUCGCGUUCCCCCCAUCCUGCACCGGGAUCUCAAAUGCGACAACGUCUUCAUCACCGGGCCUACAGGCUCUGUCAAAAUCGGGGAUCUGGGUUUGGCCACACUCAAGCGUGCCUCCUUUGCCAAGAGUGUCAUUGGAACCCCGGAAUUCAUGGCUCCCGAGAUGUAUGAGGAAAAGUACGACGAGGCCGUGGAUGUGUACGCGUUUGGGAUGUGCAUGCUGGAGAUGGCGACCUCGGAGUAUCCGUACUCCGAGUGCCAGAAUGCUGCGCAAAUCUACCGCAAGGUCACUUCGGGCACAAAGCCGAACAGCUUCUACAAGGUGAAGAUGCCAGAGGUGAAGGAGAUCAUUGAAGGCUGCAUCCGCACGGAUAAGAACGAGAGGUUCACCAUCCAGGAUCUUCUGGCCCACGCUUUCUUCCGAGAGGAGCGCGGCGUGCACGUGGAGCUGGCGGAGGAGGACGACGGCGAGAAGCCGGGCCUGAAGCUCUGGCUGCGCAUGGAGGACGCACGGCGCGGGGGUCGUCCACGGGACAACCAGGCCAUCGAGUUCCUGUUCCAGCUGGGCCGGGACGCGGCCGAGGAGGUGGCACAGGAGAUGGUGGCUCUGGGCUUGGUCUGUGAAGCUGAUUACCAGCCAGUGGCCCGUGCAGUUCGUGAACGGGUUGCUGCCAUCCAGAGAAAACGUGAGAAACUUCGAAAAGCUAGAGAAUUGGAGGCCCUCCCACCAGAGCCAGGACCUCCACCAGCAACUGUCUCCGUGGCUCCUGGUCCCUCCAGUUCCUUCACUCCUGAGUCUGAGGAGCCAGAGGCAGACCAGCACCAGUCCUUCCUCUUCCGCCAUGCCAGCUACUCAUCUACCACCUCUGAUUGUGAGACUGAUGGCUACCUCAGCUCCUCUGGCUUCCUGGAUGCCUCAGACCCUGCCCUGCAGCCCCCUGGAGGGGUGCCAUCCAGCCCAGCUGAGUCCCAUCUCUGCCUGCCCUCGGCUUUUGCCUUGUCCAUUCCACGUUCUGGCCCUGGCAGUGAUUUUUCCCCUGGGGACAGCUAUGCCUCAGAUGCAGCAUCAAGCCUCAGUGACAUGGGAGAAGGUUUGGGACGGAUAAAGAGACCCCCAGGGAAGACUCUCCGGCGAAGACCCCGAUCCCGGCUGCGGGUCACUAGUGUCUCAGACCAGAAUGACAGGGUGGUUGAAUGCCAGCUGCAGACCCACAACAGCAAGAUGGUGACCUUCCGAUUUGAUCUGGAUGGAGACAGCCCAGAAGAGAUUGCAGCUGCCAUGGUAUAUAAUGAGUUCAUUCUGCCCUCGGAGCGAGAGGGAUUCCUAAGCCGGAUCCGGGAAAUUAUCCAGCGAGUGGAGACCCUGUUGAAGAGAGAUACUGGCCCCACAGAGGCUGCUGAAGACACCCUAACCCCCCAGGAAGAGCCAGCACCACUGCCUGCACUCCCAAAUCCUCUCCCAGACCCAUCCAGUGCAGAGCUCCAGAACAGCAUCUCUCUGGAACAGAGCUGGGCAGCCUUCUCCAUUUCCCCAUCUUCUCCAGGAACUCCCCUGUCUCCUGGAAACCCAUUUUCCCCUGAAACCCCCAUCUUCCCAGGGGCAGUCUUUCCUGUAUCUCCCAGCCCCUUCCCAUUCUCCCAGGUCUCCUCAAAUCCCUCACCACCAUCCCCCAGCUCUCCACUUCCAUUCUCCCCCACCGAAUCUCAGUUUCCAAUCCCAUCCUCCCCAUUUCCCCUGAGUUCUCUCCCCACCAGUCCUCCACCUCCAUUCUCUCCUGGUUGUUCCCAGGUCACUCUUAAUCCCUCUUCUUUUCCUUUCCCCUCCCCAACACCCCUCCCCUCUACCACCGCAGCCCCUCUCCUCUCUCUGGCUAGUGCCUUUUCUCUGGCUGUAAUGACUGUGGCCCAGUCCCUGCUGUCCCCCCAUUCUGGGCUCCUUUCCCAAUCUUCUUUAGCCCCUCCUGGUCCCCUACCUAGCCUGCCCUAUCCCUCUCCCUUUGCUCCUUGUGGCCAGGAGAGCCUUUUACCCCAAACAGCAGAGACAGAGAGUGAGGCCUCGUCCAAUCCUGCUCAGCCACUCCUGGGCGAAACCAGACUAGCACCCAUCUCUGAAGAGGGAAAGCCCCAAGUUGUUGGGCGUUUUCAAGUGACUUCAUCCAAGGAACCAGCUGAGCCUCUUCCCCUUCAACCAACAUCCCCAACUCUCUCCAGUUCUCUAAAGCUUCCAACCCCUCAGCUGACCUCAGAGAGCUCAGACACAGAGGAUAGUGCUGGAGGCAGGCCAGAGAUGAGAGAGGCUCUGGCUGAGAGUGACCGUGCAGCCGAGGGCCUAGUGGUUGGAGUUGAGGAGGAUGGGGACAAUGGGAAAGAACCUCAAGUUGGGGGCACCUCUCCACCCAUGAGCCAUCCCAGCCCAGUAUGGAUGAACUACUCCUACAGCAGCCUGUGUCUGAGUAGUGAGGAGUCAGAGAGCAGCGGGGAGGAUGAGGAGUUCUGGGCUGAGCUGCAGAAUCUUCGGCAGAAGCACUUGUCAGAGGUAGAGGCACUACAGACACUACAGAAAAAGGAAAUUGAGGAUUUGUAUAGCCAACUUGGGAAGCAGCCCCCACCAGGUAUUGUGUCCCCUGCUGCUAUGCUGUCCAGCCGCCAGCGCCGCCUCUCCAAGGGCAGCUUCCCCACCUCCCGCCGCAACAGCCUGCAGCGCUCCGAGCCCCCUGGCCCUGGUAUCAUCCGAAGGAACUCCCUGAGUGGUAGCAGCACAGGCUCCCAGGAACAGCGGGCAAGCAAAGGGGUGACAUUCGCCGGGGAUGUUGGCAGGAUGUGAAAUCAGAAGCCAGGUGUCUCCCCCACACCAGGACCCACCGUGGCGCUUGUGCUCUCAGAACUUGAUGCUUUUCUGACCAACUCAACUCAGCAAAAAGACCCAGCACUGAGGGAGUAAGAAGGCCCUAGGGGCGUGGAGCGUGGGGCUGUAUUACACUGAAGAGUCAAACAUGUGGGAACUGUUUGCCAUGUGGACUGUCAGUUCUGCAGCCUCCCAUCUUCAUCUUCCCCCUCUCCCCAGCCAAGGGUCAACCACUAAACAAUCCUACCCAAGCCUAGAUGCUUCUCGAUGGCCCAUUCCCAGCUAGAAGACUGUUGAGGGGAUGUGUGCUCACUUCAGAACUAGCAGCAGCCAAUAAAAAAUACUGAAAAUAAG